CAUAGAGAUAUAGAGAUCCCCUACAGAGAGAAGGAUAGAAAGAUCGCAUACACAGGAGGACACAGAGAUCUCAUACAGAGAGAAGGAUAGAAAGAUCUCAUACACAGGAGGACACAGAGAUCUCAUACACAGGAGGACACAGAGAUCUCAUACACAGGAGGACACAGAGAUCUCAUACAGAGAGAAGGAUAGAAAGAACUCAUACACAGGAGGACACAGAGAUCUCAUACAGAGAGAAGGAUAGAAAGAUCGCAUACACAGGAGGACACAGAGAUCGCAUACACAGGAGGACACAGAGAUCUCAUACAGAGAGAAGGAUAGAAAGAUCGCAUACACAGGAGGACACAGAGAUCUCAUACAGAGAGAAGGAUAGAAAGAUCGCAUACACAGGAGGACACAGAGAUCGCAUACACAGGAGGACACAGAGAUCUCAUACAGAGAGAAGGAUAGAAAGAUCGCAUACACAGGAGGACACAGAGAUCGCAUACACAGGAGGACACAGAGAUCUCAUACAGAGAGAAGGAUAGAAAGAUCGCAUACACAGGAGGACACAGAGAUCUCAUACAGAGAGAAGGAUAGAAAGAUCGCAUACACAGGAGGACACAGAGAUCGCAUACACAGGAGGACACAGAGAUCUCAUACAGAGAGAAGGAUAGAAAGAUCGCAUACACAGGAGGACACAGAGAUCGCAUACACAGGAGGACACAGAGAUCUCAUACAGAGAGAAGGAUAGAAAGAUCGCAUACACAGGAGGACACAGAGAUCGCAUACACAGGAGGACACAGAGAUCUCAUACAGAGAGAAGGAUAGAAAGAUCGCAUACACAGGAGGACACAGAGAUCUCAUACAGAGAGAAGGAUAGAAAGAUCGCAUACACAGGAGGACACAGAGAUCGCAUACACAGGAGGACACAGAGAUCUCAUACAGAGAGAAGGAUAGACAUAUCGCAUACACAGGAGGACACAGAGAUCUCAUACAGAGAGAAGGAUAGACAUAUCGCAUACACAGGAGGACACAGAGAUCUCAUACACAGGAGGACACAGAGAUCUCAUACAGAGAGAAGGAUAGACAUAUCGCAUACACAGGAGGACACAGAGAUCUCAUACAGAGAGAAGGAUAGACAUAUCGCAUACACAGGAGGACACAGAGAUCUCAUACAGAGAGAAGGAUAGACAUAUCGCAUACACAGGAGGACACAGAGAUCUCAUACAGAGAGAAGGAUAGAAAGAUCUCAUACACAGGAGGACACAGAGAUCUCAUACACAGGAGGACACAGAGAUCUCAUACAGAGAGAAGGAUAGAAAGAUCGCAUACACAGGAGGACACAGAGAAGGAUAGACAGAUCUCAGCAGGAAGACUGCACAGGAAAACAUCUCUACAUACAACUUCUCUGAAGACAAGAAUACUGAGAUAUACUCCACAAUGGCGGAUACAGAUCCACAGCUGAUGACCUCUAUUAUUUUCUACUGUAAUCAGAAAUACUAUCGUCAUAUGCAAAAUAUAGCAAGAGAAGGUCUGCAGAAAUACUACAAUGAUCCUGCGCUUCUCUUUUUCAAAGCUUUUGGCAUCCUGAUGGAAGACCGAGUGCAGGAGGCCAUUCGAGAGCUAGAGUCCAUCAGAGAAGUUCCAGAUGUCUCGUUAUGCGCCCUCAUGCUUCUAAUUUAUGCUCAUAAGAAAAAUGGUACCUUUGAUCGUGAGGAAGUUUCUGGCCUGGAAAGUAAGUUAAAAGAAAACCGAAGGUCAGCAGGACCUAAAGCUCUUUACUAUGCAGGCUUACUUCUAUGGCUGCUUGGAAGAAGUGACAAGGCACAGGAGUACAUUGACAGGAUGCUCAAAAUGUCCAACAGGUCAAGUGAGGGUUUGGUGCUGAAAGGAUGGCUUCUCUUAACCCCAGAAACCUCUUUAGCAAAGUGUGUUAAGUAUUUUGAAGAGGGAACUCAAAGCAACACAGACUUGUUAGGAAUGAUCGGAAAGGCUGAAUGUUUCAUGAUGCAGAAGAAUUAUUCUGGAGCCCUGGAUAUAAUUAACCAGAUCAUUGUUAAUUUUCCUAAAUUUCUAAUAGCACUGACCUUAAAGAUGAGAUAUGUUCUAGCACAGCAAGACUGGGACCAAAGCCUUGAAACAGCACAACGCAUCUUAUCAAUAGAUGGAAAUAACAUUGAUGCUUUUCAGAUGUUAGCCAUAUACUCACUCACAAGGGAAGGAAAUAUACCAAAGGCUCUAACCUACGUGAAAGACCUGAUCAAUGCUCUGGAGAUGAUGGAGCCCCGAAACCCAGUCCUUCACGUUCAGAAAUUCCGCGUCAUUUGCAACUUGUGUGGAAGAAACAGGUCAAUUCUACAAGAGAUCUCUGAGUUCUUUGAGCGCGCAUUCAAAAAAUCUCCUGAACAUGCUGAGCUCGCUGCGGAUCUGGGCAAACUGCACAUGUAUCAAGACAAUGUAUCUGAAGCCGCUAACUGGUAUUCUGCUGCUAUGAAGCUGGAUGUGAACCAUGUAGAAGCCCUUACAGGCAUUAUAUGGUGCCAGAUACUUCAAAACAACCUGGAAGAUGCAGAACAGCAGCUGGAUUUCCUGCGUGAGGUGCAGCAAUCACUAGGAAGAUCAAAGGAAUUAUGCUAUGUGGAAGCUGUCCUUGCAUCCAAGAAGGGAAGAGAAGGGAAGAUUAUAUUAGACCAUCUGAGAGAAUCAUUGGACUUGCACUUUGCCACAUUAAACAGUCUUCCCCUGGGAGUGGAAUACUUAGAAAAAUUGGACCCGACUUUUAUUGUUGAUGUUGUUAAAAAGUACUUGGAAUUUUGUCCAACGCAGCCUGCAUCCCCGGGACAAACCAUAUCCCCACUGCUAGAAAAAGCAGCAACCAUUCUGUCUCCUGUAAUCUCGGUAGCUCCGUGUUUACCAGAGCCUCUCUUUUUAAAGUCACGGGUCAUUUACUUGACAGGUAAUUUUGAUGGAGCACAAGGAAUCUUGCAGCGCUGCAUAGAGCUGAAUCCUGAGUGGUCUGACGCUCACCUUCUUAUGGCCCAGAUUCACCUGUCACAGGAACAGUAUUCUGAGUGUUCAUUGUCUCUAGAGACUGGAGUCAGCCACAACUUUAAGGUGCGAGAACAUCCUCUUUAUUAUUUAAUCAAGGCUAAGGUUCUGGAGAAGACAGAGAACCGAGCAGAAGCUAUACAGAUGCUACGAAUGGCUAUGAGCCUCCCAGAGAUGAAAAGUGGAGUGGCUGGAAGAGAUAAAACAGGAAGCCUUAGUAUAAGUGACCGAGUAUCCAUAUACCUGGAACUGGCCAAACAUUUGCGUUUAAAUGGAGAGCAGCAUGAAGCUACGAAGAUAAUACAAGAUGCAGUCAAUGCAUUUCGUGGGACGCCAGAAGAGAUUAGAAUCAUUAUAGCUAAUGCAGACAUGUCCCUCAGUAAAGGCGAUAUCGAGUCAGCGCUGAUAAUGCUGGGAGAUGUCACACCAAACCAGCCAUACUAUAUUGAGGUCAAGCAGAAGAUGGCAGAAAUUUAUCUGAAAAAUCGAAAGGAUCAAAAAUUAUACAUUGCUUGCUACAGAGAGCUGAGCGAGAAGCUGCCUGGCCCACAGACAAGUCUUCUUCUGGGAGAUGCCUACAUGAACAUUCAGGAGCCAGAGAAAGCCUUAGAGGUCUAUGAUCAAGCACAAAGAAAGAAGCCAAAGGAUGCAACACUUACAAGCAGGGUUGGACUGUCGCUCAUGAGAACCCAUCAGUAUAAAAAGGCAGUAAAUUACUAUGAAGCAGCUCUGAAGAUGAGUGCAGAGGAAUUUCUGUGCUGUGAUCUUGCUGAACUUUUUCUUAAACUCAAGAAAUAUGAAAAUGCAGAAAAGCUUCUGAAACAUGCUCUGAACCAUGACCCUGUUUCUGAUUUGCCAUCACUGUUUAAUGAUGUGAAGUAUCUCAUUUUACUUGGAUGUACAUACAAAAACUAUAAAACAGAAGAAAUGGUUGACACUUUAAACAAGGCACUGGAUAUUCAGAUGAGAAUAUUGAAGCGAGUUCCCUUUGAACAGCCAGAUAUGAUCACAAAACAGUUACAAAUGGCUUCCAAAAUCUGUGUACAACUUGCUGAAUAUUACUUAGGGGAGAAGGAUUACACAAAUGCACUAAAAUACUACAAAGAUGCAAUAUCAUACUACGAUGCAGACAAUAAAGUAAUGCUACAGUUCUCACAUCUGUUCCUUACAAUGGAUGACUUGGAUGGCUGUGAAAUGCAGUGCAAUGUCCUACUUCAGGACCCAAGAUAUAAAGAUGAAGCUACCAUGAUGAUGGCAGACAUCAUGUUCCGGAAACAGCAGUAUGACAAAGCUAUAGAACAUUUUCAACGGGUUCUGGAAAAAACACCAGAUAACUUUACAGUCUUGAGUAAACUGAUUGACUUACUAAGAAGAAGUGGAAAGCUGGAUGAUGCUCCGAAGUUUUUUGAUACCGCGUUGACUGCAUCUUCAAGGACCACACUAGAACCUGGCUAUAAUUACUGUAAAGGUCUUCAUUGUUGGUAUCUAGGGCAGCCAAACGAGGCCCUGAAAUAUUUUAACAAGGCUCGUAAAGACAGUGACUGGGGUGAGAAGUCUGUUACAAGCAUGAUCCAGAUAUGUCUGAAUCCAGACAAUGAGAUCAUAGGAGGAGAGGUGUUUGACAGCCUAAAUGAAGAUAACAACCUAUCAGGAGAAAGGAAAGAUUCCGAGAAGCUGGGUAUUCGGACAGCUGAGAAAUUGCUGAAGGAGUUUUACCCCCAAACUAUGCUGGGACAGAAACGACUGACAAUGCUGCAGUGCUCCUGCCUGGUGGCCACGAAAGACAAGGCCAAUGUGGAAACAGCACUUAGUACAUUCGCUGAAAUGGCAAUUAAAGAGAAGGGGAAUGUCUCAGUCCUUCUAGCGAUGGCCCAAGCAUACAUGAUUCUAAAGCAAACACCCAGAGCAAGAAACCAGCUCAAGCUUCUGACCAAAGCUACCUGGACAAUGGACGACGCUGAAGAUCUUGAGAAGAGCUGGUUGCUGCUUGCAGAUAUUUAUAUCAAAUCAGGAAAGUAUGACAUAGCUACAGAACUGCUGAAACGCUGCCUUAACUACAAUAAGUCUUGCUGCAAAGCAUAUGAAUACCUGGGUUUUAUUAUGGAGAAGGAACAGUCAUAUAAGGAUGCUGCACUUAAUUAUAAUCUUGCCUGGAAUUAUAGCAGUCAGUCCAGCGCAGUUGUAGGUUUUAGGCUUGCAUUUAACUAUUUAAAGGACAAGAAAUAUGUGGAUGCCAUAGAUAUUUGUCAUAAGGUUCUCAAAGAUCACCCCACAUAUCCCAGAAUUAGAAAGGAAAUACUGGAAAAGGCUCAAAGCUGUCUGAAGCCAUAAUUGUCAUUAUGAUGUACAGUAUAUGCCCAUCUGUUCUGCUGCCAGGCUUUUCUUAUUCAUUUUUUUAUGUGUUCAAUUUUUUUUUAAAACGUUUUGGUCCUAAGCAUGUGCCUUAUAUGUUGGCAUAAUUUCUAAACUAAAUCUGAUUUGUUAAAUAAAUUGUAUUUUACAUAUUUAA